UUACAUCACUAAAAUCCAGUAUGAAUCCUAAUCCUAUGAUUCUCAAGAAGGAUUGCUUUUGGCAACUGGUGGGGAUCAGCACAGGACUCAAAAUACUACUCAUUCCCGCCAACCAUUCCACGGAUUUUGAGGUGCACCGCAAUUGGCUGGCCAUCACUCAUAGCCUGCCUCUGAAUCGCUGGUAUUUUGAAGACACAAGCGAGUGGACGCUGGACUAUCCCCCGUUCUUUGCGUAUUUCGAAUGGCUGCUCUCGCAGGUGGCGAGAUUCGUCGAUCCCCGGAUGCUGAUUGUGGAGAACCUCAACUAUGAGUCAAAGGCCACAUUGUACUUUCAACGACUGUCGGUGACGGCCAUGGACCUGAUCUAUGUCCUGGGCGUGCGCAGUUGCCUGAGCGCCUUGGGCGUAGUCAAAGGCAGCCAGCAGUUCUUUGCCGGCUCCCUGCUGCUGCUCCUCAAUGUGGGCCUCAUCUUCGUAGAUCACAUUCACUUCCAGUACAAUGGCUUCAUGUUCGGCAUACUCCUGCUGAGCAUAAGUGCAUUGAUACGCCAGCGAUUCCUCUGGAGCGCCUUCACCUUUGCUGUCCUGCUGAACUUUAAGCACAUCUUCCUGUACUUGGCGCCGCCUUUUGGCGUAUACCUUCUGCGAUUCUACUGCCUGGAGCAGGCCAACGUAAAGGGUGGCUCCUUUUGGAGAUCCCUCUUCAAGCUGUUGGCCGUCGGACUGGCGCCAUUUGUGGUCUCCUUCGGCCCAUUCUGGAAUCAGCUGCCGCAGAUUAUGUCCCGCCUGUUCCCCUUCAAUCGGGGACUCACUCACGCCUACUGGGCCCCCAACAUAUGGGCGCUCUACAACACCGCUGACAAGGUGGCCGCCAAUGUGCUAAAGACAGCCAGUGCAGGACCAUCGACCACAUCGGGCCUGGUCCAGCAGAUCGAUCACUCCGUUCUGCCGACUAUUACACCUUCCAUGACUUUUGGUCUGACCAUCGUCUUUAUGCUGCCGAUUCUGCUGAAGCUCUUCAAGAGCUCCAAGAAGCAAAGCCCCCUAAUGUUCCUACGAGCUGUGGUACUGUGUGCCUGCUCCUCGUUCAUGUUCGGCUGGCAUGUCCACGAAAAGGCCAUACUAAUGUGCCUGAUACCUCUAAGCCUGCUGACCUUGGUGAACCGUGAGGAUGCCAGGUAUGCCUACAUCCUGGGCAUUGCCGGGUACUUUUCGCUGUUCCCGUUGCUCUUCGACAUUGACUUGUACGUGCCGCGCUAUUCCCUUUACUUGUCGUACAUGGCCAUGCUCUAUGGCCAGCUUUAUCGCAUUUUUUCGGGCUUCAAAGGCUUCCAUUGGCUGGAGUGGGCAUAUAUGCUAGGAUUCAUAGCCAUACCCCUGUACGAGCACAUUAUCAGCCGAUUGCUGGGCCUCCACAUCCGACUGCCCUUCAUGCCGCUGCUAUUGACGUCCACAUACUCGGCCCUCGGGGUGGUCUACUUUUUUGGGCGCUACUAUCUUUAUGCCAUGGGCGUCAGCUGGCCAAAGGUGGCUGCUCCCAAGGCCACAGCCACAUACUCCUCGUCUGCCAAGCGAAAGCGUAAAACUAAAUGAACGAAAAACUAGAAUAUACUUGAA